AUGGCUCUCAACGAUAAAUCGCUGGUAUCACAAAUUACGGAAAGUGGCAUUCAAUAUGCAGUUGAGUACUUGGGCAGCGUACCCAUCGAGUCGUCGAUUCUUGAGAUGACAACUGAUCUCCGAGUGCUCGUCAUUCAUGAAUGCAUCUACAUGUUGGCAAAAGAGCAUCAGUUGAUCGAGCCAAAAUUCGAACGAGAUUUGAAUAGAGUAGCGCAAAAGGUUCGUUUAAAGUCGACAAAACUUUUAUUUCAUAAAAGAAAACCG